AUGUGUGAGAUAAUGAUGGAGAAUCUCUCGAAGCAAAAAUGCGAACUAUUUUUACUCAUUAACACUUAUCCUGACUUUAUAACUUCAAUCAAAGGUCUUCCCAACUUUAAAUUAAUUGAAAAUGAAGAAGAUAUCCCUGAUGAAACGUUACCGAUUAAGAUUGCAUUUCAUAUACGAGCGCCUCAAAAUGCGGACCUUGAUAAACUUAACCUUUUUCUUCCGACUCCGGAGUUGGAUGUUCUUAUAAGAUGUAAACGUGAAUAUCCAAAUGUUCCACCGAAGGUAGAAUUCCAAAACCCUCGUGAUUUCGACGAUGACAAAUUUGCAACAUUUGUCCAGUAUUUUCAUUCAAAAUGCAAAGAUAAUAUUGAAUAUAAUACUGUUAGUUGUCUCAUAUCGUCUGUUAUUGAUUGUCUUGCUGAUGUACGCGAGCGUGAACCAACAGAACUUCUUGCUAAAAUAAAUAAUGAAAUAUCUCAAAAUAAGAAAAAUGUCAGAAUGGAGGCAAUCUCUCUGGAAAAGGGACUCCAUUUUCGUCAAGGCCUUCUUCAAAAAAUUCGGAGUGAUAUUGACGAUAUGGACGCUUAUACGGGAAGUUCUUCCAUUUCUGACGCCGUAAAAACUUGUCCAGUUCCAAAUCACUGUUGUGUCCAACAUCUUUCGUUUUCUCUUCCCCUUGUCCAAAAUUUAUUUGAAGAGUCUCGUAGACGUUCUGAAUGCGGUCAAGCCUCUGAUGUUAAAAUACGGUCUAAAGAUCGAUCUACGGAUUCAUAUACCUUCAGGGUUGUACGCGGUCAUUGCCAAGAUGGACCCCAUAAACCAACGUAG